AUGUUUUUAUGUAUCUACUUGAUUGGAUUACUGGGAAAUCUAAUCAUUAUUGUAGUGGUAUCAAUGGAUUCUCGUCUACAUACCCCAAUGUACUUCUUUCUAUGCAACCUGUCUGCUGUAGACAUAUGUUACACCACAGUCACCCUGCCGAAACUGAUGGACAUUCUAGCAACAGGGAACAACUCAAUAUCCUUUGAACAAUGCUUCAUUCAAAUGUACUUUUAUAAUUUCAUAGGGAGCAGUGAAAUUAUUUUGUUGUCCGUCAUGGCGUACGAUCGCUAUGUUGCCAUUUGUAACCCCUUGAAGUACCAUCUCAUCAUGAACCGGAAAAAGAUUGUGAUGAUUUGGGUACUGAUUUGGGUAUCUGGUUGUGGGAAUUCCCUAUUUUGUACCAGUUUCGCUUCCAACUUAUCAUUUUGUCAGUCUAACAGGAUUCAGAACUUUUAUUGUGACAUUAAAGCUAUAGCUAAAAUCUCUUGCGCCGACACAAGCUUUCAUAUUGUUAUUUAUAUUGAGUGUCUGCUAUUUGGACUCCUGCCGUUCUUGCUUAGUAUAACAUCGUACGUUAAAAUAAUAAUUAGUAUCCUGCACAUUAAAUCAAAGGAAAGUAGAAGAAAAGCUUUCUCUACUUGCACGUCCCACCUGACUGUUCUAGUGAUGUUUUAUGGAACAAUUCUCUGUAUGUACAUGGGACCAACAUCAGGAAGCUCUGAUAAGCUUGACCAGAUCUUCUCUGUCCUAUAUACAGCCUUAACUCCCAUGUUAAACCCUCUUGUAUACAGUCUAAGAAAUAAAGAGGUAAAGAGUGCCCUGUCAAGACUUGGCCAGGUAAAAUCUCUGAUAGAACAUCUGUAA